GCCCUUUGGCUAAGGUUUGGCAUGUCGCGCAAACCACUGCCGCCAGCUUGAUGCCCGCUAGUGAAAUGAAGAUUCGCCUGCAAUAGUGACGGAGGCAACGCAUUGUUGAAGUAACUCAGCCAGAGAUAACUGGACGGCGAGAGAAGGGCCGGGAGGAUUGUACAGACCCACGUGCAAUUGUACCAGUUAACAUCAUGCCUACUUCCGAGCCCCCCAAAAGCAGGCGGGAGGCAGUCUAUUCCUCCCCUGCUAGCUCUGACGACGAGGGGCCCGGCAAGUCUUCCACUUUCUCCCUGAUCUCUGGAAGUUUCCAUCCAGAGUUACCAGAUUUCCACCACGAGGGGCAAGGGGGAGACACAACACCAACUAGCAGGGGGUCGAGCAUCCCUCAGAAGAUGAAACACCAUAGUAUGGAACAAAUUAAAGAUACAAAUAAAAUAAAUCAGUCACCUGUUCAUACCAAUCUCUCACCAUGGGAAGGAUGGUUCCUUUGCAAAGAAAGAGAACUGCGUGCUCGUUUACAAGCAAAAGCUUUGGAGGAAAUGAAUCAGCAAAUGGAGGAAACAAAGGAAAAACAAGAACGAGAAAGAAAAAAAUUAAUUGCUGAAGAGAAACACAAGGAGUGGGUCCAGAAAAAAAAUGAAGAGGUGAAAAGGGAAAGAAGAGAAAGACAGCGUAAGCUCAAAAAAGAAAUGAGAGAAAAAGCAAUAAAAGAGCUUGAGAGAGUACAGUCAAAGGAAAGAGCAAAAGAAAUGUACCGGGAAUGGCUGAAGAAAAAGAACUCUGAAGAUCUUCAAAAAAAGAAAGAAGAAAAAGAAAAGGAAAAGCUACGGGAAGCUGAAUUACAGGAGAAAAAGGAAAAAUCAGAGAAGAUGUUCAAAGAAUGGCUGCACAAUUCUAAAAACAAGCCCCGCCCAGCAUCAGCUGGCUAUGCCUAUGUCAAUGGGAAACUUGCAACAUAUCCAGAUGGAAAUGCCUAUCCAGCUCCAGCCUUUUACAACCCCAUACCAUGGAAACCAAUUCCUGUGCCUCCUCCUAAGGAAGAUAAGUAUGUUUCAGUGAAGAAAAAUAAGAGGCCUAUAUCCAGUCACAUAUAUAGAUCUUCUUCAAUGCUUUUUCAGAAAUCCAGGAAUAAUACUCAUUUUGGGUCAUUACACAGAAUUCAGAAAUAGCAUAGGCAUGUUGUAAAUAAUAUUACUGAGGUUUAAAGUGUUGUAUUAUUAAGUGUGAUGUGUAAACAUCUAUGAUUUCUUAACUUUUCAUUUUUUCUUUUUUAUUGUUAAAAUAAUGCACCUACUACAAAAAGUUAUUAUAAUAUUUGAAUUUUAUAUAUGAUAUCUUGUGAGCCAUAUCUUAGUAUUAAAUACUUUAAGUAUGUACAUAGACAACUUCUAUUGCUUUUGUGCUUUUUUUUGAGCUAGUUAAUGUUAAGAGGUCACCACAAUGCAGUGGAAAAGUAAAACAGUUGUGGCUCAAAGCUAAAACUAAGAUUUUGGAUUUUAAAUCUAUUUUGGCCUAUAAAGCCAAUGAACUGAUUUGGGUUUUAAUUAACUAUGCCUGUUAAACUAAUUUCCAGAGUGUGGAGUUGGAGAACAUUUUAAUACCCUCCUUAUUGAUUUGUGAAAUGCGUCUCUUUACUAUGAAAUAAUAUGUGUAAUAUUGUAGCUAUAGUACAUUUUCUGUUCAUCUUAGUUUUUCUGAUUAUUCUAUUUGUGGUAGUAAAUGUAUAAGUAAUAGAAUAUUACUUAUACAUCUUAAGCUAAUUGAAGGAAUAGGACUUCUUUAUAAAUUUUAUAGUGUAUCUGCCAAUAAAUACAAUUUGUAAUUUCUAAAUAAAGGUUUUAUUUUAUGUUUUAUGUUUUAAAAACAAUUGUUUAAGGAAUAAAACAAAUUGUUACAA